AAAAGAUAAAAUAGGGUAGUUUCUGCCGGUUGAAGCCAUGGAAGCAGUCCGUUCGCUACCCAUCUCCUCCGUCUCUUAUCUGCUCCGCGGCCGCCCAGCCCUGCCGUCGAAACCCCCCUCGAAUUCCAUCUCCACCUCUUUCUUUACCCGGCGAAAGAGGAGACCCUCACCCGCCGGAUCGGCUCCCGCGCGCGGCCCUCGCGAGUCCUUCCGCAUUAGCUCGAACGUCAACGGCGAGAAGGCCGACGAGUCCCGGUUCUUCGAUGAGGAUGGCGUGGUGGAAGACAUGGACGGAUACCUCAACUACCUAUCACUCGAGUACGACUCCGUCUGGGACACCAAACCGUCGUGGUGUCAGCCGUGGACCAUAUUGCUUACUGGAGUUGCAGUAGUUGCAUGUAGCUGGACUAUUCUUCAUUCAGCAGCAAUAAGUGUUGGAUUAUCCAUUUUGAUAUGUGGAUGGUGGUACAUCUUUCUGUAUGCAUAUCCUAAGGCAUAUUCAAACAUGAUAGCUGAAAGAAGAAAAAGGGUGAGCAGCGGAAUUGAAGAUACAUUUGAGGAUUCAGAGAACUCGACCGAGGAUCAAUAGGUAGAGAAGGAGAAAGAAGAGGAAAAUUUCUGCUUGGACUACUGCCAAGUGAGUUCUUUGGUCCUCCUUCGCCAUAUCUUUCAUUGUCACAUGUUAGUUUUUUUUUUAUCUCAAGUUGGUUUUCUUUACUUUUGUAUAAAACAUUGUUUUGAUUUUAAAUACUUUAUGGUAAGUCGAUUUUUAUUUUUUUAGAAAUUUUUUUUUGGCUGGAACCGAUGUAGUAUCCGAUUCUUUGUCCUAUGUCAGUUUUUUUAUGGAGCCAAAUUUUUUUUGCCUUAUGGAAGACAGUCCUUUGGUUUUAGUUGAGUUUUGUAACGUCAAGCUAAUAUUGUGGACACUCAGCCUCUAAAUCUAAUUCUUGUAAUAGAUAAUGAAAAGAGUCGGUGCAAUGCUUUCUCUCAAACCCUUUGUAAGCUUAAGCUGAUUAGAUGUGAUAGUAUGAACAUUAGUAAGUUAAAACUCUUUCUUAUGUCUCAUCAAAAGAAAUAAAGCAGGAAUCCCAGGAUUUGAUCUCA